AUGGGACAAGCCCAGUCGCAUGAGAAGCGACACUCACGAACAGGUUCAGUCAAUCGGAGCACAGCGUCCCAAUCGCAAAGCAUAGGAAAGGCAACUCCAACAAGCCAUCAGGACCCAUGGUCGCCCCCACCGUACUCCGCUGAACCCACAGCGAAUAUGCCCAUGCCAUCAGCAGCGUCGAGCACCUCAUCAGGCGACUCGCCAUAUUCAUUCCUACGCGAGUUUGACACCAUAUUCCUUGUUGAUGAUAGCACAUCCAUGCGCGGGCGGCGUUGGAAGGAGGCCGAAGAUGCUAUCGCCGCGAUCGCUCCGAUCUGCACGCAGUAUGACAGGGACGGAAUCGACGUGUGGUUCCUCAACCAUCGCCGAGAUACUGGUCGAAGGGGGCCGGGGUCAUACCCAAACAUUACGCUGGCAGACAACGUCCGGGAGAUUUUUGGCAGCGUGCAUCCCCAGGGUCCGACGCCGUUCGGCCGCCGCUUGAUGGAUAUCCUGGGGCCCUACAUCCGUGACCUGGAGAAAAAGGUCGCCGCCAGCGAUAGGUUCGAGGACUCCACGCAGCUGGUCAAGCCCUUGAACAUCAUUGCCAUCACCGAUGGGGCGUUCACGGAUGACGCGGAAAGCGUCAUCGUCAACAUGGCCCAGCGACUCGACAAGAUCUCGGCCGUGCCCUGGCAGGUCGGGAUUCAGUUCUUCCAGAUCGGCGAUGACCCCGUGGCGCGGCAGUAUCUGCAGGACCUGGACGAUGAGCUCGGCAAGAUGACACAUCAGAAGAAUUUGCGCGAUAUGGUCGACACCGUGCCGUGGCGAGGCGACAAGGGGCAGACCCUGAGUGCAGAUGGCAUUCUGAAGUGCGUGCUGGGGGCAGUGAACCGGAUGUAUGAUAAGCGGGACGGGCAUCAUUGA